UCGAGAGCCAGUACUCGAUGGAGAAACAGGAAUACACUAUUUGUGUAUUGAAUUGGAUUUUAACGUUGUUUACAGGUGUCAUUUCGUGAAAUAAAAAUCUAGAGCAGAUACAAACAAUGAGAUAGUUCCAAUUGUAAAGUGCACAAUUUAUGUGAUGUAGAAAAACAACAAUUUCAAUGCAAACAAUUUGAGUAACUUGCUUUGCACGAGCAACGUAUUGAUGAAGUGAAAUAUUAUGGACGGGAAUUAUCCCCGAAUGCUGCUUGUUACAGCAAAUGUCGGGUCUAUAUUUGAAGAUCCUGAUCAUAUGCUGAAGAUUUGGCUGAGGGAAUUUUUGAAGACUGUACAGCAUUACCAGCCAGGAUUACUUGCACUUCAUUGUCAAGAAGUUGGUGGUAAAAAUUAUGAAGAUUCCAUGCAACAUGUCAACAAAUUCGUCAAAGCCAUGUUGAGCUGUGAAGAACUGCAGAAGUAUGAUAGAGCUAGAGUAUUCCUUGAUGAGGACUUUACUGCUGCAGACAAAUUCACGGCUUUAGGUAACCUUUACUUCGUCCAUGAAAGUGUAGAAGAUAUAUCUAUAUGGGACUUUGUAGACUGUAAAUUUAUACCAGUUGUUGGAAGAGAGGUUCUCUCAGGGAAUAUAGAAACAGUACAAAUUAAAGAGAAGGCAAAGUUUCCACAAGACUUUUUCCCAGAUUUUAAAUGGUCUAGAAAAGGUUUCAUAAGAACAAGGUGGAAUAUCAAAAAUUGCAUAUUUGACCUUGUAAACAUCCAUUUGUUCCAUGACGCAUCUAAUAUCAUCUCCAUGCAAACUAGCCCAUCACAGUACAGUAAAAACAGAAAGGCAGCAUUUAUACAUACUCUUAAGAGGUUUGAGGAAGACCAGUAUGAUAAAGUCCCACAGUUUAUUUUUGGAGAUUUUAAUUUCCGACUAGAUUCUCAAGCCUUAGUAAAUGAACUUACAAAGAAAACCACUUCAAACCAAACGAAAGGAAAGAAAGGACAAGUCAAUAAAAUAUGUUAUACUGAAGAGGUUAACAAUAAGGUUGUGCUAACAGUUGAAACUAAAGGUUUUGACUGUCAUGAAAAACAUUCAGAAAUCUUCCUGAAAAAAUCCAAACACUUACGGAAAUAUGACAAUGAAAUGAUACUUUAUAAAGAUAGACUUUAUGAAUAUGAGAUUAACUUCCCUCCAAGUUAUCCAUUUUCUGAAGAUGUCAGUGAUGGUUUGUCUUAUAUGAAAACAAGAUGUCCAUCAUGGUGUGAUAGAUUACUGCUCUCCCAUAGUGCCAAAAAUAUCAUUGUACAAAAUGACACAGUUGUUCCAAAAUAUGACACAAUAGGUAAAGAUAGCUGUAUGGGAGAUCACAAGCCAGUGUUUCUGUUCUUCCACUUAAAGAAAAGCCAAGCACCAACAGUUUCUGCCCCUGAAUUGUUACAGCUCCCUACUGCAACAGAAGUUAUUGUCCCUAGUACACAAGUGAAAAUUUCUCAUGUUGACACAACUAAAUACAUUCAUAUACGUCAACAAAAUGGAAAAUCUACACGAGUAUUUAGGGAGACAUCUGUGUGACCAAGAAUUCUAAUUUAUUUCAUAUUCAUAGUAAAUCAAUCAGUUAUUUUUUGAAUUAAGAUUUGCUGAUAAAUGUAUCUAUCAGCACCAUGGAAAGGAAAUAUUCUGUUUGUAAUACCUCAAUAAGACAUAUUUUACUAAUGUGUCAAGAGGACAUGUUCUACUUACCUGUUAGCAUGCUGACUGUCUUUUUGUUAGUUCUACGGGUCAUGUGAGAGGAUCUUGUUGGUGGGUAUGUGUUAAUUUUAAAUAUAACUGAUUGCAAAAAUUUGUUAAUUGUAAAGUUAGAGUGAGAUGUAGCCAAAUGAUGUGGCUGUUAGGUUAAAACUUCAUUUGAAAGAAUAAUUAUUUUUUGUGAUAGAGAAAAUGAAUAGUUUAAGGGUUAGGCUGUAAAAACACACACAUGACUUUUGUUUGAAUUAAUCUUUUUAUAAACUGACUUUUUCAACAUCAAAAUUAUAAGGUUAUUGGUGUAUGUGAAAAUUGACAGAUAAAUUAAUGAAGAUUAGAAGUAAGAUAUAGGGCAUUAAUUUCUGUUUAAGUGUUUCAGUACAUAAUUAGAACAUAUAUUUGAUUUCUAAAAGAUGCAAUAUUUGUUAUUUGAUUGAUGCAAAGAUUAUUAUGUUUAAUAAUCAUACAAAAUAUGUGCUGCAUUAUUUUAAUCUAUAGACAAGGUUAGCUAUAGAUAUUAUUGCAGACAAAUUAGUUUAAUUAGUGUGGUAUGACAUAUGUGCUUCUCUAAGUAAUCAACAACUUCAUAUGAUACAUACUAAAAUGAUUACUUUCCUAUAUCUUGAUUCUGAAUAAGCCAUCAUUUUGACAAGAUAUAGAGAAAUCAAACUUCAUAAAACUUGGUAUACUUAAUUUUCAAGGUCAGAGGCCUAAUUGUCUGUUUAAUGGAUAACAAAACCCUGAUGACAUGAUAUCAACUGAACAGAAGGUCAUAUACUGCUUUGUUACUUAGUCAAACAUGGGAAUGCCACAACUAUGAAAAGGGUAAUGUCAAAGUUCAAAGGGCAAGCUUUAAAGAUAAAUGUAAAAAAAAAUCUUUUUCAUUACAAUUCAGAGUUAAAGGUUUAUUCAGAGUCUAUAUACAUGUAUAUUUUGAUAAAGAUACACAAGGAAAAUAUGACUUGUAUUGAUUAAGGUAAAAAUGUUGUGAAAAUAUUCUGAUUUCAAAAACUUGCCCCAACAUUUCAUCCAGUCAUUUUUGUUAGUUCAGUAUGUCUUGGUACAGAAAGUACUGUAAAUUUGGUACAGCAAAAUGUACAUGUAUUUUAUUUAUUUAUUUAUACUAAAAUAGUGCAUUUGUUUGUUUCUCAGUUGAUAUUUUAAUAACAUUACUUUUUAAUAGUAUAAAAAAUGUAGCAUCUCUAAAUUAUAAAAUAUAACUUCCUAUAUCAUUAAUGAUGAGUAGUGAGAGUAGAUUAAUAUUAGGUCAGCAGGAUCAUUGAGGAUCAUGAAUUUGUAUGUCAUUAACAACAAUUUUAAAGUGUAUGUGCAUAGGUUGUGUUGAAAGAAUGAUUGGUUCACAAGUUUUGUGCAAGCAUUAACAAAUAAACAGUAGUGUUUGCAAAGUUAUUGAAGAAGCGAAAAUUUUCAGAAUUCAAAUCUUAAACGUUUAUGUAGUGUAUAUAUUUGAAAUCCUAAACCGAUUUGGAAAAAAAGGUUUUUAUCUUUAUUUUAGUUUACCUUAAAUGGGUACGUAAUUUUUAAGUGAAAUGGUUCAAUCUUAAAAUCAUCCUAAUAACCCUUCAAUCAUAUAAUUUCACUGUCAAAUAAAUGUACUCUAACAUUAGGCAUAGACCGCAAAUGACAAAAUGACCUGAUUAGUCUGAAAAUCAUGUCUUUCAAAUUUAUAGUCAAUGCUACAAUGUGCUGAUUUUGGCAAAUUUACAUAUCCAAACACAUUUAUAGUGAGUUUUUGAAAAAAAAAGUACUGGCUCUUUUGUAGUGAUUAGUGAAUAUAGGUUCCUGAAGCAGAAAAAAAUAAGUGUUUUAUCUACUAAAAUUCUUAAUAUACAAAUUUUUCAAAAAUCAAAAACUGUAAAGAUGCAACAUAUUUGGAAGAAUAGAGCUUUCAGUAGAAUAUACACCAAUAUUGACACUCUUUUUCCCUUUUAAACCAGUUCUUUAUAAGAAUAAGUUACAUUCUACACUGAAUAUGUCAGAUCAUUCUUGCAUUUACUAAGUUUGUUAGUUCAUUCCCAGAAAUAUACUAAAUCAGUAGGAAAAUUUUGCCAAAAAAGUCUUAUAAAAAAUGAUUCAUAUAAUAUAUAUGUUCAGUGUAUUAAGUUGUGUGUCUAAAUUAAUCUCUCAAAAUUUUACUUGUAAAACUUGCAUUAAAAGUAAUAUAUGUAAUGAUUAUGAUUGACUUAUUUUAAUUUUAGCAAUAAAUUUUAAAAUGGCCAUAUACUGUAUAUCAGGUAGGGAGGAAAUGCUUCUAAUCUUCACAGAAAUGUUUAUUUCAAUAUUAACACAAAAAAUGCAGCUAACAACAAUAUCAAAGAAUAGAAAGCUUUCAUUAUAUUUAACUUAUUUUUAUCUUAGAAACAUAAAAAGGAAUCUAUUUUAAUGUGAAAAAGUUUAGAAAAAGUUGAUUCAACAAUAAAAUUUCCUAGAUUUUCAUAUUUUGAUAAAAUGAGAUUCUGAAUUUUUUUUUAAAAAGCAGUCCAUGUAUUACAUGCAUUCAGGUGACAUCAAUUAUACCUAAACAGAUCUUCACCCCAAAACUCCAGAAACUGAAAUUUUUUGUUUUAUCAAAAACACUUGGAUUUAUAUUCUUUCGGCAAUAAUCUACUGUUCAAACAGAAAUUCCCAAUUUAACAACCAAAAAAAUAAUGUAUAUUAGAUCAGGCAUUGUUUACAAAAAGGGACAUGCAUUGCAUUCAAGGAUUAUAUGUUAGAUAUGUGUCUUCCAUCAUUUUCAUUUUUAUCAAUAUCAUUUUAAGGUGGUACAUUACACUUAAUCACAUAAUCAGCUGAACGUUUUAAUCACAUUCUAUUGUUAAGGAAAUAUUAAGAUUCUCAAUGAUCAAAAUUAGUGUUUGUCAAACUGCUAUAUAUCCAAUAAAAUUUUUCCGAUAAAGUGUGUGGUUUUUGAAAUUUUUAUAUUUUUGUCAAAGGGUCGUUUUAAAUUAAAUAUUUUGUCAAAAUUUUAUGAAUAUUAAACAAGCUAAAUUAAUUUUAGUCGAGGUGUUUGGUACCACCUUAACCACAAAUGGGUAAGUAAUGAACAAAUUUUAAUUAUCUUAAUAUUUCGUUACUGUCAGAUGUUCGGUAAAAUCAUUUUUUUUUCUACCCCUGUUUAAAACUUACUGAUAUUAAAUGAAAAUUGUGUGAUUAAUGUCAUCUGUUGCUUGAAUUAAUCCAUGAUAGUUUUAAAGAAAGCAUUUAAAUUUCUGCUGCCAAAGGGAGGAAAUUGUUGAUUAGAAAAUGAGAUUAAAAAGCAGAUAUAUUGGUCAAAAAAUGUUUGUAAUACAACAAUACUACAGGGUUUACAUAUGCAUAACAAGGUAAAUGUGUGCAAGGAGGAUUAUAAUACUGUGAAUGAUUGUAGAAGUUGUUGAGUUGAUACAAAUUGAAAAUUAAAACGUGGGGUUUUAUAAUAAUUUUUGUGUCCGACUCAUUUUGUAUAUUAAAUCCUAUCUUUGAUCAUCAUACAUAUUUAUAUAUAGGUGCUUAUUUAUGUAGUUUAUUAGACUAGUGUACAUAUGUGUAGCAAUAGAGAUCUGUACAGAAUAUUUACUUUUGUUAAUCAGGUAAAACCCUAAUUAGUUACUAAUAUGUCGUUGAUAUUUUAUAGAAUCUAUUUAUUAUUAUUUGCAUUGCUUAUUUGUAUGCAUAUCUGUGUUAAUUCUUAUAUCUAUAUAUCAUCAUUCUGACAUCGUGAUAUAAGGGAGGCGUUAUAAUUGUUUGUUUUAAUUCAGCCUUUUUUAUGUGUAUUCUGUUAGAAACAGUUAUAGAAUGAACUUGUGUUAAGAUUCGGAAAAUUUUGUGUAAUUACUUUUUUUCAUUUGAUGGUGCUGUCAUUUUGGUUUUGAUUAUGUGUACAAAGUUACUAGACAUAAUAAAAAAAAAAAAGAAACCUUAUGGGAUAUCCUGUAGGGUCUGGCAUAGCAUACAGUUAAAAAGAAAUAAUGUUUUAUGUUACAAGAGAUGCUUUGGCUGAAUCCAGGUUCAAUGCACAUUUAAGCAUCACUGCAUGUAUAAAUAUAACAUGACAUAUAAAAGAUAUUCUCCACUAAAUCAGAAUUUCAGGUUUACAACUUAAUGAUAAUUUAUUUUGUAAAAAUUUUAUAAUCAGUUAGUAUAUGCAAUUUAGAAGUAAUUAUUCAAAUUAGUAUUCAGCAUGUAUUAUCAUAUAUUAACAAAAUAAGAUAUAAAUUCAUAUAAUUUAAUAAUCAUUUUCAGUAAUGUGCUAUGCCAUCUACAUUUAAAUUCAUUACUAAAUGAACUGAAAAUAAUUUUACUCAGGAAUUUUGUUAGAUAGUACAGACAGUACUAUAAAUAGAUUGUAAACUGUGUGGAAAAAAUAGAAUUUUGUACAAAUUAAAAAAAAAUUGUAUGUAGCAUAUUUGUUAAAUUUUUUGUCUGAGAAUGCAAUUGUUCUUUUUCAAAUCAACCUUGGUGUAGCCAUUUACCACAAUGUAUAUUUUGUUUAUAUUUAAAAUUAAAAAGGCUAAAUCUGUUGAGACCUCAAUGCAAGUCCAUGACAUACAAGUUGAAAAUUUAAUUGCCUCAAAACAAGAUAUUUUUUUGGGUGGGGGGAGGUUACCAAAACUUAGUGGUUAAAUUUUGGUGUGUGAACUUUUGACACCUUAUUUGAAAACUGUAUUUUAGUUUCUUUAGAAAAUUCAUAGUUAUAGGGGUUGGCUAAUAAUUUGAAAAGAUAAUGUUUUGAGACCUGAAAUAGGAUAAAACUUUUAAAAAAAAAUGCUUUAUCAGAAAAGGGUUUGCAUUAUAAUAAUACAAUUUCUAUCCUAAAUUUUUCAUUCUAUUGUUGCAGUUUAAUAUUUAGUUACUGGCAAAGUACAAAUUUCUGUUUGAGAUCUCUUUAAUACUUAGAUGUAACAUAUAUACCAAACUUUCAGGUUCUAUGAUGAGUUAUUUUGCAUAUUAUUCAUCAUACAAUUUUAAUUCUCAUAUUUUUGUAAUAUGCUUUCUAUAAAUGUAGAUUCUUUUAUUUUUUUACUAGAUCAAGAUAGAAAAUGCUGUCUUUCCUGCUUUAAUCUACAUAAUGUUAAAAUUUCACAUUAUCAUUUAUGUUUGACAUUGUUAAUUAUCUUUUAAACAUGUUAAAAGCAUCCAUAUCUAUAAGUAGAAAGUAAAGCAUUUUUCUAAAAAUGAAUUAUUGAUUUGAUCAAGAACAUAUUGGUUUAUUUUUAAAAUUGCAGCUUUUGGCACAUAGUUAGAAUGAAUCGUUAGGCAUUUGUUAAUGUUAAAGUGAGGCCACAUCAGUUUGAUUUGUUGUUCAAACCGUAAAUUUUGAAAAAAGACUAAUUUUACAGUAUUGUGAGGCAUUUUAUAUUGUAAGAUAGCAGCUAUGAAUGGAAAACAGCUUCGGAGAACUUCACAUGGAAUAUGUUAUAAGGAUAUGAUUGGUUAGGCAAGACUUAGUGUCCACCGGAAAGUAAUAUGAUGAAAAUGUGAACAUUAUCAUAGAAGAAAAACAAGAUUUGCCUUUUCAAAUAAUAUUCUUUUGUUUCUAAACAUUAAGGUGUAUGAAAAUAAAAAUAUCAAUCAUUCCAAUUUAGGGGCAGAUGUGUGGCAUACAACAAACUAAUUUGGUCUGGCCUAAUUAAAAUAUACUCAGUCCCCCUGAGAUUGUACUCUUAAGAUUUAUCAUUUUUAUACCCUUCCCCACCUUUUCUGUAAGCACAGUCUUUGUUUUGCUUUCAUUGAAUAUAACAUGCAGAUAGUAAAUUUCAAACUUUUUUGUUGAAUGGAUAAAGUAUUUGGUUCACUAAGUAUAAAAUACUCUUUUUUUAUUAUUUGAUACUGCUAACAGCCAAACACAGAUUACAAAUCAAUAAAAAAAAAUCCUGUUCAAAUUAAAAAAAGAGUUCUGUGUGUUGAAACAUUUUUCAUUUGGUUAGAUCAUUGUUUUAUAUAACAUUUAACUAUUCUACUAACUUGAUUGCAAUUUUUGGUAUAAAUUGAAAGGUAUUUUAAUUGUGUGCAGUAUUUGUGAUAAGUCGUAAGAUUUAUAGCUUGAAAACAAUCCUAUCUGAAAUCCAUUCAAGGUUAUAAAGUACAGCAUAAGUGUACAUUUGUUUGAUCUUUAUUAAUACUAUUAUAAAACAACAAGAACCAGACCUUGUUAAAACCACAUUUUCAUUGUUGUGAUUCUUUUCAGCAAUAUUACAUUUUUUGUUAUAUUUUCUGUCUUGUUGUAAAUCCAAAUAAACUAUGAAAACUCUUA